AUGGCAUCUACAGACCAGCCAACAGCAACAAAUAUCGUCCCGCUAGACUCCCCCCUGCGCACAGCGCCAAUCCACCCCCUCCUCCCAGACAUCCGAGUCCCAGGCCGAACCGCAGAUACAGAAUCCAACGAACCCUCCAAAGACCAGCCAGACAAUGAAAACGAGAAAUCACUACAAUCACACCACUACGACCCUUUAACCUGCAUCCCAUUCCCAUUCUCGAACACAUCCCAGAAUCAGCCACCAAGCACCGACGCAACCCAACAAGAGAAAGAAUUAGCAAGUCUCCGAGAAGAACAUCCCACCGCCGAAGCCGCCCUCAAAGCCCAAGAAGCCACAGCGCGCGAAGCAAAACGGCGGAUCGAAGAGACCGUCAAGAAGAGAGAGGAGGUGCAGCGCGCGAUGGAUAAGAAAGUCAAGGAGAGGGAUACGGAGAUGAAAGUACUCGAAAAGUAUCAGGAGGUUAAGGUGAAGGCGUCGGAUAUUCUGCCAUCAUGA